AUCGGUGUUUUCCAGAAGAAGAAGAAGUCGCAGAGGAAAACGGAAAACGGCAGGAAAACAAACAAAUAAACUGGUUAUUAAGGCAUAAAAACCACUAAAUACGUUACAAAAUGUCUGCUCCACUGGAAAACCUGGAGACCCAGCUGGAGAUGUUCAUCGAGAAUGUGCGCCAGAUACGGAUCAUUGUCAGCGAUUUUCAGCCACAGGGGCAGAACGUUCUCAACCAAAAGAUUAACAGCCUGGUAACCGGCCUCCAGGAGAUCGAUAAGCUUCGCUCCCAAGUGCAAGACGUCUAUGUGCCCUUCGAGGUGUUUUUCGACUACAUCGACCAGGACAAGAAUCCCCAGCUGUACACCAAGGACUGUGUGGAGAAGGCUCUGGCCAAGAACGAGGAGGUCAAGGGCAAGAUCGAGAGUCUGAAGAAGUUUAAGUCCAACCUGCUGCUGGAAUUGUACAAAACCUUCCCCAACGAAAUGCACAGCUAUCGUGCCUACCGCAAGGACUCAAUGUAAACCAGGGAUAUACCACCUGAAUCCUAGUUUUUAAGCCACUUGUUGGAAUAAACUUUAUAUUUAUGUACAUAAAA